AUGGUGGUGAUGGGUCAGCUGAGGCGCCUGGUGGACGGCAUCAAGUCCAGGCUGCGCGCCGGCGCCGGCGGGAACAAGCAGAGGGGCGGCGCGACGAGGAAGGCGACGGCGGCGGCCGGGUACGACAAGGUGGAGAAGACGGAGAGCAUGCGGGUGGAGAUCCGGAGCCGGCAGGCGCGCAAGCUCAUCGCCAAGAACCUCGACGCUGCCGACUCCAUCGCACGCGCCGGCCGGACCCGGACCAACAAGCGCUUCUUCCUCGCCUUCCGAUGA